AUGAAAGAAGGCAAUGAAUACCGUACUUGGAAAGGACCGGGAGAAAAGGAGGAAGAAGUAAAAAGCAUCCUUACAAAACUGGAUGGGCUGAUGCCCAGUAUCACUUUCACACAUAUAAAUACCACGACAAGUGCCAAGAACAGCAAAGCCACCAUACUAAACAACAAAGACUCUUAUUGUGUUGGAGAGCACUUGAUGGUUCGGCUGGAUUUGUAUGACCACUUAGGAAAGAAGAAGGAGUACGGAGGGGAUUUCAUACGAGCAAGGAUCUAUUCAUCGAGUCUAAAGGCCGGAGCUUCUGGGCAUAUCAAGGACUAUAGCAACGGGACGUACCUAGUCAAUUUCACUCUAUUUUGGGAGGGCGAUGCCAGAGUUUCUCUCCUGCUGAUCCACUCCAGCGAAGCAGUUUCAGCACUGUGGGCAGCGAGGAAGAAAGGCUAUGCAAAAAUAGCUUUCACAGGCACAUUUUUAAAUGGAAAAUCAACUGUGUUCACCCAAUGUGGUUUUAACAUAACCACAAAGGCCGAGCUCUGUGAGUAUCUAGAUGAACGAGACCAGGAGGGCUUCUACUGUGUGAAACCAAAGAAUGUGUCAUGUAAAGCAUUCAUCGCCCUGAAGUCCUACAACACAGCCACGUCGUAUCUCACAGACUUGGAACGAAGCCUUGUGAAGAGGUCCAACAUUGGAGUUGAGAUCCAUCACACGUUUGUGGACAUUCGUGUUGUGCCCUGUGAAAGCAACAAGACGAUGUCAAGCGAGAGAUGCAGGUUUAGGAUAAAUUCCCCAUUUCCCAGUGGCUUUGCAUUACAGAACCAAUGGCGCCCCGUUUUCUGCAAUAUGGCCAACUUGAACGCUUUGGAUCAGGUUCACACCUGCUUGAAAGGAAAGAUAGUUUAUCUCUUGGGAGACUCAACAGUACGGCAGUGGAUGGAAUAUCUCACAAGGACUGUAAGAACAUUUAAAUAUCUUGACAGCCACGGAGUUGGGGCACAGCGGAAUUUGAUUGCUGUGGACAUGGACAGAAACAUUCAAAUCCAAUGGAAAAAGCACAACCACCCAUUCAUCACUGCCUAUGAGUAUAAGACAAGAGAUCACAACUACAUUGCUCGGGAGAUCGACAACAUCGCAGGCGACAAAAACACAGUUGUUGUCAUUGCCUUGGGCCAGCACUUCCGUCCCUUUCCCAUUGAGCUCUUCAUCCAAAGGGCAAUUAACAUCCGAAAAGCUAUCCAGCGCCUUCUCCUAAGAAGUCCAGACACACGAGUCAUCAUCAAAGGAGAGAAUAUCCGGGAGUUGGACAUAGACCAGGAGGGAUUCAGUGACUUCCAUGGCUACACCCAAGACCUUGCAGCAAGGGAUGUCUUUUGGGAUAUGGAUGUGGGUUUUGUUGAUGCCUGGGAUAUGACAAUUGCCUACAACACACCCAAUGUUCACCCACCAGGUCAUGUGAUUGGCAAUGAAAUUAAUAUGUUCUUAAAUUAUAUAUGUUAA